UGUUGAUAAGUGCGGGUUGAGGUUAAAUGGGAAUACUGGGUUGUUUCGUGAGCCAGGUGUUGAUUUUCAAUAGUGGGUCGGAUUGGGGAGGUCGGGCUUUUUAUGGGAUUUUUGGAGUGGUUGUGGUGGAGGGAGGUAUUAAUUGUUGAUGCAGUUUGGUGGGUGAGGUUGACGAAUUGAUUUGGUGAUUUGAUCGGGGAAUAUGAGAUUGGAGUAGGUUGAUUUUGUUGUUUUUGAGUGGUUGAAGGAAACUAUAAGCUGAGGUUUUAUGUAUUUUUUCUUGUGAUGUGUGCCCUUGGAGCUUUUGCAUGUGAGGAUUGACUGGGGUGGGUGUCCGGGGGGAGAGGGGUAAAUAGUUGAGUGUUGAUUAAUGCAGGUUGAGUUCAGCUCUGAAUACUGGGUUGUUUCGUGAGGCAGGUGUUGAUUUUCAAUAGUGGGUCGGAUUGGGGAGGUCGGGCUUUUUAUGGGAUUUUUGGAGUGGUUGUGGUGGAGGGAGGUAUUAAUUGUUGAUGCAGUUUGGUGGGUGAGGUUGACGAAUCGAUUUGGGGAUUUGAUCGGGGAAUAUGAGAUUGGAGUAGGUUGAUUUUGUUGUUUUUGAGUGGUUGAAGGAAACUAUAAGGUGUUAAUUUCCAAGACUAGAAUCCUUCAUACUGACAUGGGAGUCGGUUAAUUGAUGGAUUGUGAUUUUCAUUGGGUAGAGUUGUCGUCGAAAUCAUAAUUUUUCUGGAAAUUUUGGAGUAAUUGGAGAAAAUAUGGAACUUCACUGCGUUAAUUAAUGGAUUUAGUUUUUUAUUGGACCAAAUUGUUGAUGGGGUCAGGACAUCCGUGACAUUUCGGAGUGAUCACAGUGAAUUAUUCAUUAUUCCUGUAGUUUUAUGGGAUCCGAGCAAGAUAACACUGGAAUAUGAACGCACCAAUCUGAGGAGCUGGCAGACACUCCGAGAUUACUCGUAACCGGGGAGAUAUGGAGAUCAAUCCCCUGAGUAUUAUCCUGGUUAAGAGUGAUAGCAAGGGGGAUAGGAUGCUGUUCAGGUAUCCACAUGCUACUAAUCAUGAGAGGGAUUCCAGCCAUUUCACCAAGAGGAAGAAUCCGUAUUCACUGAUCAUUGCUGAGGAUCUCUUGCAGUCUCUCCCCUGUCCAACAUCAAACAUAACAAACGGAAAUUUGACUGGACUACCUGAUGAAGUAUUAUCAACCCUAUUUGCUGUUAAACCGGAGCUAUGUGAAAUGAAAUUUGAAUUAAAAGUAAAUAACGUGAGAUUCGUUGGGCAUCCAACGCUUUUGUCAUCCAGAGGACUGAAAGAAACCAAUUCGUCAAUGUUAUUCAAUGUUGUAUUUGCACUUCAAGCGCAGGCCGAUCAUUCCGUCGUCAAGUGCUAUUACGAUCUGAGCAAGAGAUUGGGAAUUGCGUUGAGGCACGAGGAAAAGAGAUGUGGAUUUUUGUCGAGUGAAAUUAAAGUUAUGGUAUUGACUCAUGACGAAAUAGCCACGAGAUCCGAAGAGGAGAGCGACUGUGAGGAGAACCCCUACGAAUUGAUCCUGAAGAAGAGUUCACUAGCCAGAGAUUUGAAAUCAGCCUUCAACAGUCUCUGCACCUCCGGUUUCGUCGACCUCAUGAUAAACAAAUGGAUCCAAGUGAGCUUCUGUUUACCCCAGAAAGUCCACCAGUCCCACAAGAAGGGAUUCAUCAUGAAUCCCGAGACGAUAGACAGAUGUCUGGACAGUUUGAGGCCAUAUCAUGGCAUUCUAUUGCUGAUAGAGCCUCUGGAUCUCCUGGAGUCGCUGCCUGCUGACGCGUCACCAGCACUCAGGAGAUUGAUCCAGAUGUACAAUCCCCUGAAGAGCCUCCAGACGCUCGCUGCUGACUCGGAUUUGUCGCUGGCACAGGUCUUUCAGUUGACUGGGCACCUCGUGUACUGGGCAAAGGCAACCAUAAUUUAUCCUCUGUGCGAGAGUAAUGUUUAUGUCGUCUGUCCAGACGCAUUGAUUUCCAAUCAACUGAUGGAGGCUUUCGCCGAUCAAUUUCCGGGAUUGUCACUGCUGCAGGUCAUUAGUGAAUUUUCCCUGCCAACUUCCAUAAGCCAGAAGUUAAAUCCCCUGAAUCAACCCCAACAACAGCAGCAGCUGGUUAAAAUAAUAAUCUGGCUGUUGAGACAUCAUCUGUUAUUGCAGUUGCAUACGUACGUGCAAUACAUGCCAACGGAUCACGGCAGAAAUACUCUGGAGACUCUGAGCCAGGAAGGAUCGAGUCCAACAGGAGUAACCGAAAACGACAGUAGCUGGAGUCUCAGUAACACUCCAAAAUCCACUCCAAACGAAAUGAGAACCGAGAGAUCAAUGACUCUCCCCAAAGAGGACGGUAUCUUCGAAUACAGAUCUGAAAAUUUUCCCAUUCCCUCUGACGACAUCAUGCUGCUGGAUCGACUCUGCAGAUUCGGUUACUUCGACGGUGGUCAUCACCUCGAGGAGAUCAUGUAUUUUGAGAAUAUACGCAGGUCCCAGUUACUCCAGAUUCUCGACAAAUUCCGGGACAUAUUAAUCACAUCUGAGCACGAAGAUCCAGCUAUUGCGUUAUUUUAUUCGCAGCAUGGUUCUCCAUAACAAAAACCAAAAACUAUAAUAUCCAUAAUAAUUACAUAAAAUAUGAAUGUUAAUGUAUAAAAAUGAAAGCACUACCAAUUUAUUAUUUUUUAUAAAUAAAGAGAAAUUUUUAUUUCA